CCAUUAGAUUAGAGAACAGCUCAAAGGCCACAUGCAAAAUAGUCUUCCUCCCCGUCGACGAGAGAAGCAGACGAGCCCGAGCCACCCACGGCCGCCCGCCGCCGGAUUUCGCCGGAAUUUUACCUAUCUGAUAUAUAUUAGUACAUUGCAGCGGAAAAAUGGUUGUGGGGUUAAUAAAUGCUAACCCUGUAAUUUACGAGAAAAAAGAGAGGCGCAUCCGGCAGGCACCAGAAACCACAGAUGAAAAUGCAGCAGAGCCUAUUGACCAGCUAGAAAUAUUUGAUCAUAUUAGAGAUAUAAAGGAUCCAGAGCACCCAUACUCCCUAGAAGAGCUUAAUGUUGUAACUGAAGAUUCAAUUGAAAUUAGUGACGAACAUAGUCAUGUCAGGGUUACUUUUACCCCAACAGUGGAGCAUUGCAGUAUGGCAACCGUCAUUGGACUUUGCCUGCGUGUGAAACUUAUGCGCAGUCUCCCCCCUCGUUACAAGGUGGAUAUAAGGGUGGCGCCUGGAUCACAUGCAACUGAAACCGCUGUGAACAAGCAACUGAACGACAAAGAACGCGUUGCAGCUGCUCUGGAAAAUCCAAACCUGCUGGACAUUGUUGAGGAGUGCCUGUCACCAACGUUUGCUUGAGACCUGAAUACAACUGGGAGCCAGUGUGUUGAUAUAUUCCAAAAAUACACUGAAACCCUACGAUAUGUAUCAUAACCUUGUCAUUUGAGACAACCUUAUGUGGCAUAGGACUUGUGCAUGAAUUUUGAUGGUCUGUGCCUUUCUAUAAGGAAACUGCUGCUCCACCGUUUCAUACCUUUUCUUUGUGGACAAUGAUCUUCUGUCAUAUAUGUGAAAUAUAUGAAGUACUGUAUAGAUGUCAAUCCACGAAAAUGAAACAGAAGGAUAUUCCAUGUGCCAUCUCUGUAAUUAUAUCAGGUUGUUCUUGUACUGUUCAGUCAGUCGGUACUGACAGUAUCGUGUGUGGUCUGUCAACUCUGUGGUGUCCCAAGAUGAAUUCAGCAUACAGA